AUGUUUUGCGUUUCUAUCCUGCGUGUUUAUCAAGGUCCGGUCCUGGUUGUUAGAAUUCCUACGGGUGUUCAGAACAUAACUGUUCUAAUAAAGAAUCUCAAGUCGAGUGGAUUACAUGAACACAACGGUAAGGUUGGAACUGACUAUGGCACCCAUGUUGAUUCUCCUCAACACUUGCUCAGCUUGAAAGAUAGCCCCAUCUCCGCCCUUACCCUUGAUCUUCAAACUCUAAUUGGUAGGGUCCUGGUUGUUAGAAUUCCUACGGGAGUUCGGAACAUAUCUGCUCAAGUCGUAAGCAAUUUGGGUCUGCCCCGCGGAAUAGAAAGAGUGAUUUUUAAGACAGAUAACACCGACAGGCGCCUUAUGAAUAAGAUAGCUUUCGAAACAGAUUAUACUGGAUUGACACCAGAUGCAGCAGACUUGUUGGUGAAGAAUACUACAAUCAAAUUCAUUGGAGUGGAUUAUAUGUCUGUUGCCUCAUUUGACUACCAUCAUCAAGUUCAUGAGAUUUUGUUGAACAAGCCGGGCGUAAUUCCGGUGGAAUGCUUGAAUCUCAAGGGUGUGGAGCCAGGGUAUUACGAUGUCUACUGCUUGCCUAUAAAGGUUGCAAUGGAGGCAGCAACAGCGAGAUGCAUCCUCAUGAACACUAGGCACUAGCGGAUCUAGGGUGGGGGCCUUAGCCCCCACUGGCCCCACCGUAGCCCUUUAUAUUAUAUAUGUAUAUUUAAUUAUUUUAAUAUAAUAGCAAGAUUACUUUCUCUCUUGCAGAUACUAAAAGACUCGUAUAGCUACUUAAUUGGUUGGAGAAAUAAAAUGUUUAUCACAAUUUGGGUUUGUAUUGAAUUCUGGAUGUGUAGAACUGAUUUCCAACCCCCACCUUAACAUCUGAUGUGGUCCAUGUGGGCAUUAAUAUUACUACUAUAAUUGCAUUACAGUUAUGAAAUUUAUUGCCUUGUUUCUUUAUCUUUGAUUCUGAAGUCUGAACAUAG